CUGAGACCCGGUAGGAUCACCAGAGUGCCACGUAUGAGCAGGAGAAAGGGAGGAAAAGGAGGAUAAAACAAAAGGAACACAGCAGCAGAGGGAGGAAAAGGAGCAUAAAACAAAAGGAACACAGCAGGAGAAAAGGAGGAAAAGGAGGAUAAAACAAAAGGAACACAGCAGCAGAGGGAAACACAGGAGGCGUGUUGUGUUGUGAGGUGACGGUGAUGUGGCGUUAGAUCUCCAGCAGGGGGCGAUGUUCAGCUUCACCUGCUAUAAACACACAGGAACAAAAGAAGACGCGCUGCAGCAAAGGAGGAGGAGCUUCCUCACACACACACACACACACGCACGCACACACACACGCACACACACACGCACGCACGCACAAAUGUUCCACACGGAGAUACAGCAGUUCAUCGAGCUCAAGAUGGAUGCCGUUUAUUGUGUGUGGAUUUAAAGAGAUUCCUGCAGUUCUGUAGAGACUGAGGACCGGUGUUUUCAGGUAGGCUCUGAAACCUGCGGUGAUCAGCUUGGUGACGAUAUGCAGAUGGAGCUGUGCAGCACUUCUGAUGGAAGAACAUCGAGCUCAGUGGGACACGUCCCCCCUGUGGAGCAAAAGGACAGAGACUUCUGGAAAAAACCUCUGAAAGAGGAAGAAACUGAUGAAGAUGAAGAUUUUAUCAAUGGAGGAACAUCGAGCUCUCUGGAAGACCUCACCCCUGAGGACCAACAGAACCUUGGAUUACAGAUAAUACUAAAAGAAGAAGAACCUGAACAUGACGACUAUCUCUAUUGUGAGGAUUGCAAAUCUUUCUUUGUCAAUAAGUGUGAGGUUCACGGUCCGGCUCUCUUCAUCCCUGAUGUUGCGGUUCCACUGGGGGUCUCUGACCGAGCCAGACAAACCCUUCCUCCAGGUCUAGAGAUUCGGAAGUCCAGUAUUCCAGACUCAGGCCUGGGAGUGUUUAACAAUAGUGACACUAUUCCUCUUGGUGCGCACUUUGGGCCUUACCAGGGAGACAUGGUAGAGCGAGAGGAAGCCAUGAACAGCAGCUACUCCUGGGUGGUGUACCAGAGCGAGCAGUGUGAAAAAUACAUUGACGCCACAUCAGAGAUGAACUCAAACUGGAUGAGGUAUGUGAAUUGUGCUCGUAAUGAGCGAGAGCAGAAUCUGGUAGCAUUUCAGUAUCAAGGUGGGAUUCUGUACCGCUGCAGUCAGCCCAUCGAACCAGGACAGGAGCUCUUGAUGUGGUAUGAAGAGGAUUACGCCAAGGAUGUCACUUUUGAUUACCUCUGGAACAAAAAGUGCUCAGAAAACAGUAUGACCUACACCUUUCUGCAAGUCUUCACUUGCUCUUUAUGUCCACUUUCAUAUACAUCUGAAAUUUACCUCCACAAACACAUCAAAAGAUGCCACUAUGAGGAAUAUCUGAGACGCCUGAACUCGGGCGAGAUUGUUGGCCUCCCAGUUAACACCUCUCAGGAACAACCUGGGAGGAACAAUUACCAUUGUUCUUUUUGUGGGAAGGGUUUUACUUAUCAGAGUGCUCUCCAAAGACACCAGCGCUUUCACACAGGUGAGAGGCCAUAUAAGUGUGCACAGUGUGGGAAGAGUUUUACUCUACCUGGUGGUCUCCAACUACACCAACGCAUUCACACAGGAGAGAAACCGUAUGAGUGCUCACAGUGUGGAAAGAGCUUUAGUGAGAAAGCAGCUCUUCGAAGACACCAGCGAAUUCACACUGGAGAGAAACCAUAUCCCUGCUUACAGUGUGGGAAAAGUUUUACUGAGAAAGCAGCUCUUCAAAGACACCAGCGCAUUCACACCGGAGAGAAACCGUAUCACUGCUUGCAGUGCGGAAAGAGUUUUAAUCAACAGAGUCAUCUUGAAAAGCACCAGCGAAUUCACACCGGAGAAAAGCCCUAUCACUGUUUACAGUGUGGGAAGAGUUUUAGUCAGCUCAGUAAUCUCCGAAAACACCAACGCACUCACACUGGACAGAAGCUGUUUUAGUGUUUGCCGUUUGGGAUUGUUUUAUUGCCUCAAGCAUAACUUCUGAUAAUCAGACGUUCAUACAUUGAAGACAUAUAAUUUCAUGUUUUUAAACAAAGCAGAAAAAAAUGUACAAAAAUAUACAGGUAUCUCUACCACCCAAGCAGGCAUGAUUGUUUAAACAGAUCGUUUAGAAUUGUAAUAAUCUGGUUUUGAAAAAAUAAUGACAGUUUUGCUGUAGUACUCAGUUCACUCCUGUUUGUCAGUGAAUUUAACUCGAUGUAGUUUGAAUGGUAGUAUAAUUGGUAUUAUGUUGGUAAAUAUGUUCAUGUACUAUUAAAUUUGUGAGGUCCUAAGUUAAAUGGAUGGUCAUUGUGCUCCUAUGCUUUUAAUGUUUUCAUUAUAGGAAAUAUAGGAAAUUAGAGAAGGAGCUAUUUUAUAAUCUACUGUGUAUCGAUUACCGCCUGCUUCACCUGGAGCUGGGAAAUCUCUAGGUCUUAAAAGAAAAACAAUGCAGCUGAUUAAAGCUUAUUUCUGUACUAUUUUCUUCUUUCUUUAUUUUAUAACAUUAAUAUUGAAAUUUAUCAUCAUUUAGGAUUAGUCCAAGUUUAUGCAGCUGAUUUGCUACAUUAAUUGUAUUUCAGGUUUUUGUUCAUUCUGUGAACAGAGCUAACUUGGGCCUAAUAAAACCCAAAAGAAUUCUCUUAA